AUGGACAAGCUCAUCAGUGUUGGAAAGGAUUUCCUCGAGGACCGUAACCAGGACAAACAAGGGAGUAACAGCCAAGGCGGCGGAUUCUUCGACCGGGAUGACGAUGACGAUUUCCGCACCGCCAAACACGAGGCGUCCCAGCGAGCUGGCUCGUCUGGGAAUUCCGAACUAUUCCACAGCAUCAUCAGCUCCAUAGGCCAGAAGCAGGGCAAGCUCGCCGACGAGGACAUUGAUGAACAAGAUGCUAUCAAGAAGUACAAGAAGUCAUACGUCGACAAGGAUGAGGACGAAGAAGAUGAGAAGAGCCUGGGCACUGCGGCGGCCAUGCACGCCCUGAAGCUCUUCAACAACGGUGAGACGGGUGACAAGCAGGGCAAAGGCGCCUUCCUCGGCCUUGCGCUGUCCGAGGCCAGCAAGCUGUUCGAAGACAAGGCCUCUGCGGGCAAGGUAGCCUCGGGCACAAGUAAAGAGAGUGUCAUUCAACAGGCCGGUGAGGUCGCCAUGAAGAUGUAUCUCAAGAGCCAAGGCCAGCAGCAGGGCGGUAUCCUGGGAUUUGCAUCCAAGUUCAUGAAUUAG